GUGUGGAGAUAUGAUGUCCGCACGGUUAAUCCGCGUUUCCCGUCUUCCUCUCUAUGGGUGUCAUCGUGCGGGACAGUAUGUGGGUCGACGGAUGCCCAUCAAAGUCACACACACCGUACAGAUCCAACCCGCGUCCUUCUCCUCUGACCUCGUCUCAAGGAAGUACAGUCCAAUUUACACUUUUCCGGCUAUCAAAGGCCUGCGGGCGCUCUCUAGACUCAAGCUGAUGCAGACGGGCAUCACUGUGGUCUUACUGCCGGCGGUGUACUACCUCUACCUGCAGGGACAGGCGUCAGGACUGCUGCUGGGUUACUCCACAGGCAUCGCCGGGUUCGCCGGCGUCAUGCUGUACUCCAUAAGCCACUACGUCAGACGAGUGGUGGGCAUGAUGUAUCUGGACUCAACGCAGACCGUCUUAAAGGUGUCGCACCUGACCUUCUGGGGUCACAGACGGGACAUGUACGUGCCCGUGUCAGAUGUCAUGACUCUGGGAGAGUCUGGGGACGCCAAAGGAGAGCCCAUCCUGCGUUUGAAGCGCUACAGUUGUUCUGAUACCAUGUACUUCUCCACCAGACUGGGACGAGUGGUGGACAGAAGGGCUUUUGAGAAGGUUUUUGGGAGUUUGUCAUGAAUUUACUUCCUCUUGUUGUUGCUUUUUCUCAUGUCAUGGACCGUUAGAUACUGUCUUGUAAUUUAAGUGACGAAUAAAGAUGUUAUGUUAAAAUUUUGGAAAGUCUGACAGUAUUCAGUGUUGAGCGCUGUAGUAAAACUACAUAACUUCUAAUACAACUGAAGUAAUUGAAAUAGACUACAUCUUUAAAUCUGGUAACUAGUCAUCUAUAAACUUGUAACCUAUUACAUUUCAAAAGUAACCUUCCCAAAACUGAAUGACAAUCUUCACAAAUGAACACAGUUGAUUAAUAUACCAUGGUUGCUCUACAAGUAUAGCAAAUAUACAAGUUUGAAAUUGUGUAUUUUUUGCAGCUUUACACAAUGGGGCUGUGAAAGUGGACAAGUGAAUAAAUGAGUGGUCUUGUUUGG